AUGCAGUACCAGCCCCCCGCGCCGGCCGCUCUGCCCCCGCUGUACGCGCCCACCCCGUUACUGCAGCCCGUGCACCCGACGCCCUUCUACAUCGACGACAUCCUGGCCAGGGGGGCGCCGGUGCCGCCGCCGCCGCCGCCGGCCGUGCCGUCGCCCAACUCCUCUUUCACCAGCCUGGUGGCCUCCUACCGGACCCCCAUCUACGAGCCGACCCCUAUCCACCCGGCCUUCCCGCACCAUCACCUGGCCGCGGCGGCGGCAGCCUACGGGACGGGGCCGUAUGGCCCGGCGCCCGGACCCCCGUUCUACCCGUUUCCUCGUGCCGUCAGCGAUUACGCGCAAGCUUUCAUCCGGCACGACCCCCUGGGAAAGCCACUGCUGUGGAGCCCCUUCAUGCAGCGGCCACUGCACAAGAGGAAAGGAGGUCAGGUGCGUUUUUCCAAUGACCAAACCAUCGAGCUGGAGAAAAAAUUUGAAACACAGAAGUACCUCUCUCCACCUGAGAGGAAGCGCCUGGCAAAGAUGCUACAGCUCAGUGAGAGGCAGGUUAAAACAUGGUUUCAGAAUCGCCGGGCUAAAUGGAGACGCUUGAAACAGGAGAACCCUCAAGCCAGCAAAAAAGAAGAGCCUGAAGAUGGUGAUUGUCACCAGGAUGCCAGACAAGAAGGCUGCCCGAGUCCUGAGCAGGGUAAAGUGGCUUCUCCUGGCAGGUCACGGUACACCUCAUCACCUGCUUCACAAGAAGAACUGGAUUCUGACAUCUCAGAUGACUCAGAUCAAGAAGUGGACAUUGAAGGUGACAAGGGCUAUUUCAAUAGUCCCCAUCCAUAGUGUCUCUCUUGGGGAGAGAACUUCCCUCCGCUUGCACUUUAAGAGGAGUUGGCUUGACAAAACCAAUCCCUGCUACAGAAGGAAAAGUUUCUCCUUCGAUCUGUUGGGGAGGAAGAAAAGAAAAAGAGGAAUCAUGUAACUCUAACAGUCGGCAUCCUUGUUCCAUCCUUGAUAGAUGGAAUGAAUUAAAGGAACAUACUGUUUUAUAUAUACAAAGACAAAUUAACUGAUUUGGUUUAUAUCUUAUUGGAAGUGUAAUACUACACCUUUCUCCAUGAAUUGAGGGACAAUGCUCCGUGGCCAGCUGAAAAACAACCACAACCAAAAGGAAAAUGAACUUUUCAAUUUCCAAGGGAGAAUUUCACUUUUGGAGCUGAAUGCUUUAAGAAAGAUGUCACAAAACCAAUGGAAUGCAGAACUGAAACAUGAAUUUUGCAUGGGGUCAAGGGAAUUAUCUUCAUGAAAGUGAGGAGAGGAUGGGUAAUAGGUCUCAUCAAGGUCACUGUUCUUCAUCUAAUGAGAACGGUGCAAUGUGUGAUAUGUGGACACUAAAUCUAUGAGUUCUUAAAGAUUAAGGUAGGGAGCAGAAGAAAACUGCCUUCUUUUCCAGCACGUUUUCCAUGGUAGAGACCUGAGCAGUCUCACCCUUCCCUGACCUGUUGCUUUGAAGAUGAACACACCUAUUGUUCACAGUCAGCAUAGCAACACUUGGUUGGGGAAGGAUGUGUAUUUCACUAGACCCUUUGUGGUUUACUGACACAUUUUAACUUCACAUGGCAAGAGAAAAGGCAUGGCCUGAGAGCACAUGAUGCAGCCACCUUGUUGACACUAAGCAAAUCUGCGACUGGUCAGAGCACAGAUAGGAGACCACCUAAAAAUCUCAUGCCUGUUAUCUUGAAUUCCAUGAUGCAAACAUACAAAGUUGGAUAUAAAUAGAGCAAAUAUUCUAAGAAUUUAUAUUCUUCUGGCUCUGUGUCAGAUUAGGCAUCAGGGACCCCUAAGUUUUUAGGUUGGUGGGCACAUUUAAAAUUUGGAGAGAGUGUUGCAGGUGAUCACACGAAAUGGCUGCAAUGUCCAGUCAAAGUGGCUGCCAUGAUGAGCAUGGGUGUUCACAAAACGCUCAUUUCCCAGUAGACAGUCUUAUGAGAUUAAAAGAAAAGUAACUUGGCCAAGAACCUAAAUUCGUACGAGGCAAAGGUGGCAUCUGAACUCUGAAACAAAUUUUAAGUAAAAAUCAGGAAGGACAAGGAGUUUUGGCACAUACAAAAAACAGUGUCACACUGGAGAACUCAGGCUAAUCUAUGUUCAUUGAUCUCACAUAGGUCUAUAUCCUCUUAGUCUAGCUUUCUUGCAAGAAUUUCCCAAACCAGCAGGCACUUGGAUGUUCCACCAGGAAGUUGCAAUCAGUUUGCUCAAUGCUACUCUGUAGCCCCCAUGCAUAAAGAGAAACAAACAGUGCAGCCUUCUGUGUGUUUACUCAGAACUACUCCUGUUGAGUUCAGUGACACUUCUAGCUAAGUGACUGUCCUGUACGACAGCCUUCUCCAACCUGGCAUCCUCUGAAUGUGCAGGACUUCAGUUCUCAUCAUGCCUAGCCAGUACACCAUGCUGCAUUUGACCAUGCUGGAUGAAGGAUGAUGGGAAUUGUUAUUUGAUGCAUCUAAAGGGCAACUUGCUGGGGAAGAGUGCAGUAAAGGGGGUUUAUAACUAUGCAGUCUAUCUGGCCAUUUAUAUGAAUGCAAUAUUUUUCAAAUGUUUGUAUAUUUGUGAAGGUUGGACCCAAUGGCCUUCUUGGCCCCUUCCAACUCUUUUCUUCUAUGAUUCCAUGACUAGAGCUAAAGGCAAUUUGACAGCUAGGCUGUCUGACCUAAAAGUCUUGCCACAUAAUUCUGUAUAUGUGGGUAUCUGCAGUGUUUAAUCAGAACUUGGCUACUUGCUACAUUUAUUGGGUCAAAGGAAGUGUGUAAGCCAGGCUGUGGGACAUUUGCAUGGACACUUUAACAAGGCUUGUCUGACUUUACAGCACUGAUUUUUCUGUUGUCUGUAUUGUUGUUGCAUAUGCUUGCUCUCUAUUUCACAUAGACUGGCUCUGAUAAUUGAGAAUUCUGAAACUUCUCUGCAGAUAGACUGAAAAUAGUUGUGGGAGAGGGAAUCAUAGGCAAACUCAAGUAGAAACUUGCCUUAUACCAAGUCAUUCUAUCUAGACAGUUACUGUCUGUUCUGACUGGUUGCAGAUCAUUUGCAUCAACUGCUUCCUGGUCCUUUCAACUAGAAAUAUUUGAGUAGCCUUCUCCAGCCUGGUGCCAUCCAGAUGUUUUGGACUGCCACUCUCAUCAUCCCUGGCCAUUGGCCAUGGUGACCAGGCCUGAUCGGAGAAGCUGUUCUCAACAUCUAGAGAGCACCUGUGACAAGCUGGUACGUCUUUAUCUCCACCCUGUGAAGUAGGACCAUGCAUAAGAAACCUGUGUUAGCACCACCACCACCCACAUAGUGUUUCUAAUGGCACCAGCAUAUUAAAUUCUUACUGGAUUUAAAUAUUGACAGCUCAUAACUUAAAUAUAUGGGGAAUCCAGUUCAUGGCUUUUGUGGAUGACAACAGAGUUAGAUAACAUUGGGUGACAAUGGGGUUAAAGGUGUUCUGAUGGAGACUGUGCAAAAGCUGAAUUAUUUCAUCUUCCUUCACCUCGGAUGUGGGGCACAUACCUGUGUCUGUUUCAGGAAGCGAGUCUAAGGAACCCAAGCAGAUAGUGGUGGCAAGGGAUGCAUGUUUUGACCUUAUUGACAAAUUGAAGCUAACACAUAGUAGCCAUGAAAUUUGAAAUUGCCAGUCUUCCAACAAAAAUAUGGAAUAUGGUCCCUAAGAUCAGAGACUAGAAAAUGGCCAAUACAAUGCCAAUUUUUCCAUAGGGAUCCAGGGAGAAUCUGGGAAAUGACAAGUUGGUUAUAUUAACAUCUGCUCUGAGUAAAUUGAUAACAGGCACACAGAAGGACAAGCCGUGUUGAAAAAAAAUUAAAAAGGCAUCCACGUAGGUAAGUUCUAUCUCACUAACCAUUUAUCGUUCUGGGAGUGUCAAGAAACAGGUGGGCAGGGAUAGACUUGGAGUUCCAAACGGCCUUUGCUGAAGUCCUUCACCAAGGACUACUGAGCUACCUUAGCACUCAUAGAAUAAGAGGAAGGGUCAUCUUAUGGAUUGGACUUUUAAUUUUUAAAAUUAUUGUAUGUUAUUUUGUAUGCCAUCCUGAGUGGAUUCUACCCUUGAAGAUGGUUUAGAAAUAAUUUUAGAAAGAUAGGUAAAUAAAUUGAUAGAAAGCAGAGAGUAGAAAUGGCAAAUUCUCCCAAACGAGUGAAGUAAUCAGUAGAAUCCAACAGAGAUCUGUUUUUUAACUAGUUUAUAAAUGAUCUGUUACUAGGAGUGAACAAUGACACUCCCAAGUUUCCACACAACAGAAAAUUAUUUAGGGUAGCUAAAACAAAAAUGGAUUAUGAGAAGCUCCAAAACGAUAUCUCCAAAUGGGGAGAAAAAGCACUAAAAUGGCAUAUUCAGUUCAGUGUAAAAGUAAAUUAUGCAAAAGGUUCUCCAUUUACAUAAGCAUUGAGGAUAAUUGAGCUAGUGGGGACUUACCAAGGAAGAGAUCUUGAAUUAUGGUGGACAGCUUAAUAAAAAUGUCAACCUAGUGUAUGGCUACUGUGAAAAGGGCUAAUUCCUUGUUAGGUAUAUAAUUAAGAAAGGCAUCAAAAUUUAUUGCUAUCAAUUUGUCUCUAACUUAUGGUGACCUUAUGAAUGAAUGUCCUCCAAAAUAUCCUGUCCUUGAGGUUGUGGCUUCCUUUCUCGUGUCCAUCAAUCUCAUUAUUUGGUCUUCCUCCUCUUCUCCAUUCAACGUUUCCUAGAAUAUUAAAAACACAGCUACGAAUAUCAUACUGCCCUUAUACAAAUCUCUUGUGCAACCACACUUGGAAAACUGUAUUGAUCUGAUCACUGCACCUAGAAGAGGAUAAUGUGGACUUGAGAAAUGUGCAGUAAUCCUGUGUAUAUUUAGAAAGAAAAAAACUGGGGAAAGAUGGAGGUUGUAGACAGUUUCUACACAGGAUUGUACUCUAAAAUGAUCAAAGGGCUGGAGCAACUCCCCUAUGAAGAAAGGUUACAAUAUGGAACUUAUAAGACAAGUGAAAGGGGUCGUGAUAGAACUGUAAAAAAAUUAUGCAUGAUGUGGAAAAAAUGGAUAGGGAGACAUUUCUUCUCAUGCAUAAUACUGGAACUCAAUGGAGUCAUCCCAUGAUUGAUGGGAGAUUCAGAAUAGGUGAAAGGCUACCAAUUUGGAUGGCUUUAAGGGGAAAUCAGACAAAUUCAUGGAGGGUGCCAUUAUCAGUGGGUACUAGGACUGAUGAUGCUAAACUGCUGCCAGUAUCAGAGGCAGUAUGCCUGUGGGAAGCAUGACAAAGGUGCUACUGCACUCACUCCCCACUUGUGGCUGCUCUUACAUUCUUCUGUUACGUUCUUAUGUAUGGGGAAGGAUGGCGCCCUGUUUCAGAGCCUCCUUUAAACUCUUUAACAACCAGGUCAGUGUGCUUACCAGGCAGAGCGAUGCAUGGGAAAGCACUUACAGGCUAGAUAAGAGAAUUAAGCAAAGUCUGGCUUUCAGUCUAAUAUAUUUUUAAAGUUUCAAGCCAAGGGAAGUUGAGGAGUAGUCAGUUGGUUUUAAAAAUCAAACAAAUCAAACCAGCUCACUCAAUGGUGUAAGCCGGUGUGAUGUAGUGGUUGUGGGACUGGAAGGCAGGAGAUCUGGGAGGAGGAGAAUUAUGUAAGCCACCUUGAGUUCCAUGGAAGGAAAAGAGGUAGGAUAUAAAUUAAACAAGCAGCUUUCACGUAUGAGGAGAGGCCCACCUACGGCUUUGUGGUUGAGCACAGUCCUCUUUGCUAUCUAGGCAAAGACGAAGGGAAAUCUAAAGAAGCCCAAUGCCAGAGGGCAGCUCUGUGAGUCUAUUGUAGCAAAAACAGCAAAGAAUCUUGUGUUAUCUUAAGACUAAUCCUAUUUUAAAAUUAGCUUUUGUGGAAUAUAACCCCCUCAUUGGUUGCAUGGAAUAUUAUGGAGUGUGUCUCAUUGUUUAUACACUACAUGGGGUUGGGGUUGGGGUGGGGGUACAGAUGAAAAACAGUUAAGAAAUUCAGUGCGGAAAGUACUGGUGGUGACAAUCACAUGAACAGUGGUCACACAUAGCCCAGCUUUUGCUGAUAACAUCCUAGCACUAGGUAAACCAAGUGUUUGGUGUGAUAAAAUCCAUAAGUCAAGCCUCUGACAAUAGAAUUUAACCUGGUGAUGCAUUCUAACUCAGCAGUUUUUCACCUUUGCUUCAAAAGAGCCAUGUUAACGUCCAUUGGGAGCGUCCCGGGAGGCUGCUAUUGUUUCUGAAAAUGGCAAUUUUUGAUACCAGAUUUGUGACCAUUAUUUGUCUUGUAUAGAAAGGAUGAGGGCAUUGCUGACCAAUGAUGGUAUAUAGAUCAUAUUAGAAGAUGAAGAGGUGGAUGCACCCACGGUGAGGUGGAUGCUGUUAUAAAGCCCUGAAAUAGUGUUUUCAAAGUAGGCAAGAGGACAGAGCUGGCAUCUGAAAUGGUUGCAGAGUCUGAACAUUGUGUUUAUAUCCUUGAUCUAUGGCCUGUUCGUGCUACUAGGUAGUUGCUUUAGGUUGGGGGACUGUCUAAAAAAGUAUAGGCUUCUUGUGCAAGUUCUGUGACAGGGAGGGGUGGUUGUCCAAGGGAGGCUGAAGAUCAUUGACAGAAUGUUUGAUGGUUUUAGCUUCAAACUCAACAGGACAAGCAGUGUUCUGUGUUCCCUUUUCUCCUCCUCCUCCUGAAUUUUGGACAUCAUGGCUCAGCAAUCUUUAGAUAUGGCUGCUCUAAGCAAUGAUACUGUAUUGCCACCACCUGGGUUCUUUAUCGCUGCAUGAUACUACCAUGCUCACCAAAGUCUGCCUACAGGCCAAAUCUCCUGAGGAACAUAAUAGAGGUAUACCUUGGUUUGUUACUUUUUGUAAAAAGAUAUUUCUGGAAAGAGGAAAGGUAACUGGUUAGGGGAAGAGUUUUGGUUCAUUGUAGCACCAGGAUGGGCAGGGUGUGAUAGGGAGAAAACUUGGGAUCUUCUGCAUAUUAAACAAGGUGAAUUUCAUCACAGAGCCAUGAUCUUGUCCCCAUGGGCAAAGCUUGAGCUUCAGCCAGACUUUAUCUUUGCUUAUCUUGUGUCGCCUUCAGUGGUUCAUUGUUCCUGUUUCUCCCCCUUUAACUCCUAGGAACAAAGAAAAAUGAGAUGAGGUAAGAUCAAGAAUGGACAGAGGGAGGGUUACAUAGUCAAUGCCUAUUUUGGAGGAACUUCAGAUUUCCCAACAUGCUUUUGUGAUAAUGACAGUGAUGAUGUAAGAUGGAGCAAGGCUUUAAAUUACCAAGGAAAUAAGUUCUUCAUAUGCUCAAAUGCAUUUAUAUAAUUCACACACUAUAGAAGUAGGCCUUCUAACAUUAUAGAAUUGGCUCUUCUAGAGACAAGACUCAAAUGAAACAUUCCAGAACAAUCACACUAAAGAUGCAGCCCUAAUCUCUUUGCUUGAAAAUAACUUCUUUUGUAUUUACUGGGGCUGUCUUCUCAGUGAAUAGGCACAUGGAUUUCUGUGCACAGUGAGCAAGGAGUAAAUUCUAAGGUGGGAUUUUGUUUUGAGUAAAUAGUUACCAAUUGGUGUGGAAGGUUCAGUUGCGUGAAAUAUGGCAACUAGGCUGCUAACCAGUGCGUAGAACUGGAAUCUUGUGACACCUGUCCUAAAAGACCUGCAUUGAUUGCCAGUUGCUUUCUAGGCUCAAUUCAAGGUGUUAGUCUUAACCUUUAAAACCAUAGGGGUCCGAUGCAAUGCAAGUUUAAAUGAGAGAAAAGGCCUACAAUUCCCAGCUUGUCCCAGCCAACUAUGCUAUCUAGGGUCUGCUGGGAAUGUAGGCCAUUUUCCCCCUAUCUAAUUGCAUAAGAUCACACCUUAAAUGGCUGUGGCAGACCUGAGAGAUCACACAUGUCUCUGAACCUGUCCUAAUAAAUAUCUGAGGAUGCCAUUACCCACAAAGGUAAUAAGAUGGCUUUCACCUACAUUCCUUCUGAAUGAUGGCAUGUGUCCCAUCAAGAAUAUAUUGUUUCCCACUUCCUUGGACUUGAGAAUGUCUGGAGUCAUAAUUUCAAGUUAGCCUUUGAAAUAUGUGUACUUUCCAUGGAUUUAGAGUUUUUAAUAUUCUUGUUACUGUUUUUGGGUUGUAUUGUUUUAAAUUGUUGUAACUGUCUUGAUGACUUUUUAGUAGAUAAAGUGGUAUAUAAAUGUUAAUUAUAACCUUUCAGUAGUGUAUGGGGUUGAAGGAAAUUGGGGUAGGGCCAAAAAUACAAGCAUAUUGUAGUUUAAGGGUGCAAUCCUUUGCCAGCUUAGAUAGAAAAAAAAGACACACAGCUCUCAGCAUGCCCCUUCCUCCUGUGCUGUCAGGAGUAUGCCAGGAGCUAGAGGCCAUUUUUCUAUUAAAAACUUGCAUAGGGUUGCAUGUUAAAGCUCUUACUGCCAGUAACAAAGCCAUAAGAAAGGCAUUUCAACCUUUCAGAAUGGGAAAAACUGCACAUAACUGGAAAACUGACGAAUGAUUGAUAGCUGCGGGAACGUGAAGGGGAAGGGUGAAUUCCCAUCUGGAGAACCCAGGAGGGCCAGAUCCCUGAACAUAAAGUUCUAUACCCAGUCUGCUCUGAUCUGUAAUGGCUUUCUAUGUCUUUUCAUGCAUCUGCUACCUGACCUUUUUUUUAACCUGGAGAUAUCAGGGAUUGAACCUGGGACUUCAGCAUGCAAAGCUGCUGAGUUGGGGUUACUGUUCAAAGCUUCAGUGGGCAGCAGGCUUUAAUCAUUAACUUUAAUCACCCACAUCAUCAGCUGUGUCCUUCCAAAUUCCUGUUAUAAUGCUGCAGAAUAUCUUGUAAAGAAUAUCUGGGCCUGGUUUCAUGGAAAAGUGGCACAUAUCUUUUAUAAAUAAAUAAACAAUUUUACCCCC